AUGUCCAUCCUUGAGAAAAUGUCUACGGCAGAUUUGAUGGAGAAUCUCAGAGAAGAACUCACCUGCUUCAUCUGCUUGGACUAUUUCAGCAGCCCAGUGACCACUGAGUGUGGGCAUAGCUUCUGUCUGAGGUGUCUCCUUAAGAGCUGGGAGGAACAAAACACACUUUUAUCUUGUCCUGAGUGCUGGAGGACUUUGGGGGGCCCUCAUUUCCAGCCCAAUGAGCGGCUGGGGAGACUGGCUAGCAUCGGCAGGCAGCUCAGAUCCCAGGUGCUGCAGAGUGAGGAGGAACAAGUCAACUGUGGGAGAAUGCCCCCCACGAGGGUGUUCUCUGAUGAUGAGCAGAGUGUAACUGUUUUUUCAAGCCAGAGUCAUGGAAUAAACAGAGUGUAUCUCUCGAGUGAGGCUGAGGAGCAACACAGAGAGAAACUCCAGGAAAUCCUAAGUCUUCUCCGUAAAAAGAGGAAGGAAGCUCAGGCUAUACUGACCCACGAGAGGGAGAGAGUGAUAUUGUGUAAGGAAGAGACAAAAACUUGUAAACAGGUUGUUGUGUCAGAAUAUAUGAAGAUGCACCAGUUCCUGAAGGAGGAAGAACAGCUCCAACUCCAGCUACUAGAAAAGGAGGAAAGAAAGAACAUGAAAAAACUGAGGGACAACGAGAUCCAGCUGGCCCAGCAAAUCAGAAGCCUCAACAAAAUGAUCGGACAGAUAGAGACCACAUGUCAGAACUCGGCUUUUGAAUCUUUUGAGGAAGUAAGAGGAGCCCUGGAAAGGAGCGAAUCACUCCUGCUUCAGUGUCCGGAGGCCACUGCCACAGAACUGAGUCUGUGCCACAUCACCGGAAUGAGAGAGAUGCUAAGAAAAUUCAGCACAGAGAUAACUCUGGACCCAGACACUGCCAAUGCCUAUCUAGUCUUGUCUGAGGAUCUGAAAAGUGUGAGAUACGGAGGAAUCAGACAGCAGUUACCCGACAACCCGGAAAGAUUUGACCAGUCCGCAACUGUGCUGGGAGCUCAGGUCUUCACCCACGGAAGACAUUAUUGGGAGGUGGAAGUGGGAAACAAGACUGAGUGGGAAGUGGGUAUCUGUAAGGACUCUGUGAGCAGAAAGGGAAACCUCCCCAAGCCUCCGGGGGACCUCUUCUCGCUCAUAGGUUUAAAAAUUGGAGAGGAUUACAGUCUCUGGGUCUCAUCACCUUUGAAAGGGCAACACGUCCAAGAGCCUGUGCAUAAGGUUGGCGUUUUCUUAGACUACGACUGUGGACACAUAGCAUUCUACAAUGUGACAGAUGAGUCCCUCAUCUACAGUUUCCCUCCUGCUUCUUUCCAAGAGGCUCUCAGGCCUAUCUUUUCCCCUUGCCUCCCAAAUGAAGGGACAAACACAGACCCUCUUAUCAUCUGCUCACUGAAUAGCCACAUCUGA